AUGUAUACUUCUUCUGCCAUGGAUAACAGAAUCACAAUUUUGGUUCAGCAUAGCGGUCAAUGGGAUAUGCAACACAGGUUUAAGAAUUUUAGCGUCGAUGGGGUGGUGAUCAGUAUGGAAUGGGAUUUUAAAUCGAUUCGUUCGGAGAUAUCAAAGAUACUUGGAGUCGACGCACAAACUGAUACGAUGGAUAUUGGAUAUUCCGUGAAAGAGAAUUUUCCACCGAUGAAAAUAUACGACGACAGGAGUUUGGGCUUGUACAUGGAGUUGAAAAGCAAAAAUUUAUCUUUCACUGAUUAUCCAUUGUGUAUAACAUUUAAAAAGCAGGAUAACGAUGGUACAUGCGCGAAUCCAGUUGUUAACAAGGCAAACUCCAAUCUUUUUCAGAAUUUGUCAAUGGUUGACAAUCUGGAAACGGUUGAAUGUAUUAAUUCCGGAAACAAAGAGGACUAUGAUGUUAUGCAGAUCGAUGAAGAGUGUAUAAUCGGAAUCAGUACACAUCAAGAGGUUAAUGAAGGGCAGCUGUACAAAAACAAGGAUAUACUGCAAAACGUUAUGACACAUCUUGCAAUCCGAGAGAAGUUCCAGUUCAAUGUUGAUCGUUCAAAUAAAACAAGGUAUUAUCUUGUAUGUGUGGAUGAUCAAUGCUCAUGGAAUCUUAAAGCAUCAAGCCUAAACACCUCGAAUAUAUUUAAGCGGCAUGCUACCUCUGAUCUCGUUGGAAGUUUGAUAAUGAACAAGUUAGAUGAUCCAAAGUUGGAGUAUACUCCAGCAGAAAUACAACGUGACCUCAAGAGGAAUUAUGGAGUUGAUUUGAACUAUAUGAAAGCAUGGAGGUCGAGGGAAAAAGCUUUUGAAAUGUUGAGAGGCAAACCAAGCGAUUCGUAUAAUAAGCUGCCAAGGUUUUUGAAUAUGUUAAUGCAUACAAAUCCUGGGUCAGUGACAAGGUUGGAAAGGUCAGAUGACGGGUGCUUCUUAUAUGUAUAUGUAGCACUCUUCUCAUCAAUUAAAGGAUGGGAGUAUUGCAUGCCUAAUGUUGUUGUCGAUGGUAGCUUUCUAAAAUCAACAUACAGAGGGACCUUACUAACGGCCUGCACACAAGAUGCAGCAGGUAAAAUAUUUCCGCUCGCGUAUGCUGUGGUUAAUUCGGAGAAUGAUGCAUCAUGGGAGUGGUUCUUCCGGAAUUUGCGAGAAACAUAUGGUAUAAGGGAAGGAAUGUGCAUCGUAUCUGACAGGCAUGAAAGCAUUUUGAAGGCAACAUCAGUUGUGUAUCCUGAAAUGCCUCAUUGUGAAUUCAACCAAUACAUGUCAGAAAUACGUAAUCUUGAUGGGAGAGUUAAAGAAUACUUAUUUGACAUUGGAUAUGAUAGGAGGUCGGUAGCGCAUUCAACGGUUAAUAGGUCCAUGGUGAUGACAUCAAAUAUUGCGGAAUCCAUGAAUUCAGCGAAUAAGGCGGCAAGGGAUCUACCUAUCUACGAUCUGCUUGACUACUUGAUGAAGCUGGUUGCGGCUUGGAAUAACACAAACAGAAACGGAGCACUGGCAAACAUAACCUCAAUCUUCACAGAUGAAUUAGAUCAUAGGAUUGCUAGUAGGCAAGAGUUACUAAGAGGACCAGCAUCGAGCGCCUGA